ACCGAAGUACAACAUCGGAAAGCAUUGAAACGACGAGCAUUAAGAUUAUGGGCAUAUGAGACGAUCACAAGCGCUGCUGUUUAUCAACAGUUACGAAAGAACGUCUGACGGUGGUGGUCGUUUAUUUUUUCGGUCCAGCAUUGCGGAGAAGAAGCGUUAAACCCAUCACAGUGACAGUUAUGUAUGGUGCCGGCGUUCUGCUGCUCCUGAUCGUCUGCACGACCCAUAACCUCUGCCAGUCCGUUCCGGCGGAAGUAGCGGAAGAGGACACAGGUGCCUGCUUGGUUCGAUUCGGUGACGCUGCUACCGGCGAAGGUGUCUACAACAAAACAUUCAACAAUGUGCCGUACUGUGCGUUUCUUGGAAUUCGUUACGCCAAGCCUCCGGUCGGCGAGCUACGAUUUGCCAACCCCGUGCUGGAAGAUCCCGUUGAUCAGCGUAACUACACCGCGUACGGGAGCGUGUGUCCACAGUUUAAAAACAUCAACCGCCAGAAUGGGAUAGUGGGCAGCGAAGACUGUCUCUAUCUGAAUGUGUUCGCACCGGUGCAGCAUGUGGACAGUGAGCAGGAGACAACCCGUGUCAAGUAUCCCGUGCUGGUGUUUAUACACGGUGGAAGCUUUGUAGCAGGAUCGGGAGAAGUUCAUGGUGUGGAUUUGCUGAUGGAGAAUGAGUUGAUUGUUAUCACUCUGAACUAUCGUCUCGGGGUGCUUGGAUUCUUGAAGAGCGAACGUCUCAACAUCACCGGUAAUUAUGGGUUACGAGAUCAGCAGGCCGCUCUGCAAUGGGUACAGCGCAAUGUGCACCAUUUCGGAGGCGAUCCUGCACGUGUUACCCUGAUGGGACACAGUGCCGGUGGUGCGUCGGUAACACAUCAACUGUAUAACGAACAAGCCGCCGGACUAUUUCAAAGUGUGAUCGUGCUGAGCGGUUCCAUGCUGGCCCCCUGGGCCGUUCUUUACGAUCAUCUGCGGUGUCAGGAUAAUUACGUACACGAUAUGGAUGCACGAACGCUGCCUGAGUUUCAGCAGCUCGAGCUGGAACAGUUCUUCAUCCCCGAUCGUAAGUUACGCUACACAUUCGCAUACUGCAGCAUGUUCUACGUGUGUUUCAUACCCACUAUGAGCAAUCGCACGGUAGAGGACGGUGCCUUCUUUAGCCAUUCACCACACGAAGCUGUACGCGUUAAAACUCCACCCCAAAUGCCGAUCCUUAUUAGCGAGACGGCAACCGAGUUCGAGUUUCUGCUGCCACACAUCUUCGACUUUUGGAUGAGUACAAACUACCCGAACCAAAACCAUCCCAUGAUAAGGCGACGGAUUGGUGAAAUCCUGGACAAUGUCGGUAACUGGGCCGUAGCACAGGGGCUUGAACCGACCAAGCAACUGUUCUACCAGAAGAUGGCAAACAUGGCCAAUCUUUACUACCCGAUCAGGCGGCUGCUGGGUGUGCUGGGCAAGCAUCUGCACGAGGGCCAGCUGUACUAUCUGCGCUUUGAGUUUGAUGGAAAGUUUGGUGAGUAUAAGAAGAAAAUUUACGCCCAACAUCUUCAGACGAACAAGUACGGUGCGUUGCAUGGCGAUGAGCUGGGAUACAUCUUCAGUCCCUACAAUCUGCGGGACGCGUUGGCGAAUCGUUCCGAGUAUCGGAAGGAACUAUCCGUGCACAUUCGCACUGUUGAGUUGAUUGCAAACUUCGUUAAGUAUGGCAAUCCCACACCGAAGCGUAGCAAACUGUCCGACAUUGUUUGGCCACCGUACAGUGAAGCUAACAACCACACCCAGUACCUGAACAUUGACGAAGAGUUUACGCUGCGUCGCGUCGAUAAUCGUCACAAUCUCUAUUACCUGAUCUGGAAAAUUGUGUACGAGUGUUUGUACCACGGGCACUGCGACACCAUUACGAAGCUGGAACAGCUCGGAGAACAAUACGGCGGUAUGCUGGUGGCGCAACCGAACGAUGACGGCCUGGACGUGCUGGAUGAGGAAAUGAAGAGCAAUCUGACUUAGCCGAUGGUAUCCAAUCAUAUCGAGUAAUGCCCAGUAUCUUGUAGUUGUGUACUCAUCGCUAGUUAAGGAAAGGAGUUAAACAUUAGUGUUAAAGUUUUGGGGGCCUUUGUCCUCAAUUUGAAGACCCUUACAGACCCUCACAUUCCCAUUGAAUGUGUUGAUAAACAUUACUAUUUAUUCCUUUAGAAAA